UGGUACUACUUUCAGUAAUCCUGAUAACUUAAAAUCUGGUGAGUUGUAAUCUACCUUGGUCUAAGUGCUUAUUUGUUUCUUUCGAAAUGAACAAGAUAUUGCUCUGGUUCAUCCUGGCGUUGUCAGGUGUCCUGGUUAACGCAUAUGCUGUGACAUAUAAUGAAACUGCGCAUCCUGAUACGUUGCCUGUUAAAUCGUUCAAGGAGAUCUACGAUGGCUUGGAAAGCGAUGAAGAACGCUCCUACUUCCUUCUGUUCGAGUUGGCUCGCGGCUUCAGCAUUAUGGAAAGCAAAUUUCCUUUGGGAUUCUAUCCCAUAACAAGGGCCAGAUGUCACACUGGACUUAGAGUCCCCGACGACCUCGACAUACCUAAGGAAUUAUCCGAUAAAUUUUUGGCCUUCGGUGUAUCAGAAAGCGAAUCUGAGUCUCUCUACCGUUGGGUGGCCAACAGUUUCAAGAUUCACGUAGAGCGCCGCGUCAAGUUGCGCCAGAACGUCGUCUGCUUCCCCAACGGCGCCUGCAUCGACCUGGACGACGUGGGCAGCCACUGUUGCCCCUUCUGAAAAUGGAAAUUGAAUUAUUUUUUAAUAUAAUCGAAUUUAUAUCAAUUGUAGAAAGGGUUCGUGAAACUAGUGGUGAGCCUCAAGAAAAUAUUACAUAUAUUUGUAAUGAUAAUUGAAUAUGUAUAUAUUAUAAUAAACAUGUUGAA